AUGAUCAGAGAUAGCAAAAAAACGCCGACCAAACGGCGCGUGCUAGGCUCUUCGUCUUCCUCCUCAACACCAAACCCCAGGCGAAAUAUCAUUGAUGACCCUCAAGUGGAAGGUUCAGAUUUGAAUAGGCUUAUUCCCUCUUUAAAUGAGAUGACUCUGGCAGAGUCCACAAAUUCAUCAUCAUCGGUAUCAUCUCUGAGCAACGAGCCAGCUUCGUCUAUUGAGUCGGUUGUUUCCCCCAAUGGUGAAACAUCUCUAGACAUGAUGUGCCCGAUCUGCGGAGAGAAGAUGGUUACUCUAAUGCAACUGAACCGCCAUUUGGAUGAUGAACAUAGCGACGUUGAGCCAGUUGCCAAUGAAGAUGAUCUGAAGUCUUGGUUCAGGAAGAAGGUUAUAGGCAAAGCCAAUGAAGUGAUCAAUAGUAACAUCAACCCGAACAAAAAGUUUUUGAAAUUGGAUCUUUUUGACAACAAUUUCAGUUUUACCGAAUCGAGUUCUUCGGUCAAUUUGCAAGAGGCAGCCGAGACUGCAGAGAUAGUACCCAUUACGAUACCGAGAAACCACUGGAAAAGACCGUCGCCGAAUGAAAUAUGCAACACUCCCGGGUGCUCCAAGUACUUGAGUGUGAAAAAUGGCCAGGUUAACUGCAGGAAGUGUGGCAAACUGUUCUGUAACACCCACACAUACUAUAGGGUCAAGAUCAACGCAGAGCUAGAGUAUGAUCCGAAGAACGGAAUUUGGUCACGGUGCUGUCAGGCGUGUUACCUCGGUAAACCUGGACACAACGAUACAAAUGGUCGCGUUUCUGACUUGAGUACGUCUUUCAAGAGACUACGGACGGAAUUCAGUGGAAAAAGAGACUUGGAUGUGCUCAUGUUGGAGAGAAGAUGGUUGCGGUUCUACGAGUAUUACCGAAACCUGGAUCAAGGUAUUCGGGCGUCUUUACCCAUCAAACAAUUCGAGAGGAGUGUUGUAAACUGGCAAUCAGAUAGCGAAGUAAAGAGCUGUCGCAUAUGCCAGCAGAGGUUCUCGUUUGGCGUGCUACGAAAGCACCACUGUCGGUUGUGUGGUCUUAUUACAUGUGGCGAUGUCGCUACUGGUUGUUCAAUGGACGUUCCUCUUAACAUACUCUCUGAUCUGCUGAGCAUUCCUUCGUCGUUCUCGGUGGCUACAGCCUCCAAAAAAUAUGAGAAGCUGGAGAGUACACCCGAUGCUUCUCUCAGAAUGUGUUUGGUCUGCAAGAACCAAUUGCUUAGCAAGAGGCUGUUCAUCAGAGACAUGCAAUCUUCUCCGCCGGAAAUUUUAAGCCUUUAUUCGAGCAUGGUGAUAUAUAAGACCAAGAUCGUGAAGUUGUUGCCCGAGCUCAAAAUCACCUUGGAGCUCAUGAAAAGGGCAGAUCCGGCUACUGAACUUUCCAGUGGUGUUCAUGACCACAACGCCACUAUCGCCGCUUUCUCACAAGAACACGAGAUGCUUCAGCUUGCCACUCAACAAAGACUCAAGCUCAUGAGACUGUUCACCAGGUUCGAUGGUAUAACCAAACGGAUUGGCUCCCAGAUUCGUGUUUCAGAAGAGCUCCAAGCCAAAGGGCAUCCAAUCAGCAUUGACGAGCUCAAGAUUCAGAAAUCAAUUUACCAGACAUCACUUUUGUUCCUCCAAGAGAACAUGCUUUCUUUGCAAAGCGUUCCCAAGAUUCUGAAGGGCCAAUCCAAUGAUGCAUCAAUCUCCUCAUCGACUCAAUCGCCUGAGCCUGCGCAGCCUAAAAUGACCAAGCGCGAAGUGCGAGAACUAAGGGAUCAAAUGAUGGUUCUAAAAGAACAACGGUUUUUGGUGGCAGACAUGGUUGAAAACUCCAAGAAAAAACGCCGGUUCGAGGACUUGAAAUCGCUCGAGGAUAGUCUGGCUGAUCUUGAUAAGGCCAUACAAGAUAUUGAUGAUAAGCUUGGCGAUGAGUCGUUCACGUGA